CACACUUCUUGCAGUGCCCCAACGCUGGAGGCGGCGGUGUAGGGACCGCCGAGUUGGUGUCAUCCCCCACUACGCGGCACUCGCUGACCUCUCCUUAAACCCUUGCUGCCGACGCGCAGGCCGAGCAAGCGUCUGACGGGACAUGGCGACCUCUGGCUUCAGGGACCAGCGGGGCCAGGAGGAGGAGAGUUUUCUGUACUUUGCCUACGGCAGCAACCUGCUGACCCAGCGGAUCCACCUCCAAAACCCCUCGGCCAGGUUCUUCCGCGUGGCCCGCCUACAGGAUUUUAAGCUUGACUUUGGCAAUUCCGAAGGCAAAGAAAGUGAAGUUUGGCACGGAGGUAUAGCCACCAUUUUUGAAAGUCCUGGCGAUGAAGUAUGGGGAGUGGUGUGGAAAAUGAACAAAAGCAAUUUAAGUUCUCUGGAUAAGCAAGAAAAAGCAUAUGCCCCAAUAAAAGUUAAUGUUUCCACUCAAGAAGGAGAAGAGAUAAUCUGUCGAACUUAUCAGAUGAGAAACUAUGAGAGUGCUCCUCCUUCACCCCAGUAUAAGAAGGUCAUCUGCAUGGGUGCCAAGGAGAAUGGGCUGCCGCCCGAGUACCGGGAGAAGCUGGAUGCCAUAGAGGCCAACGGCUACCAGGGGCGGGUCUCGGAUGACGUGGAGGACAUUAUCAGAAAGGGGGAAGCAGGACUCACCAGCACCUAAGGGAGCGGACCUGUGGCUGUCUUCUCUACAUGCUCGUUUGAUACAUUUUUAACACGUAGAACAGGGGUCUGGGAUGUCCCUUCGUCUGAUAUAUUUUGAACAAUGCUCUGAAGGGAUGUCUCGCGUGAGCGAUUCAUCGUUUUCAGGCCGUGGGAAGAGGCUUGGGUGGGGGCUGGGCAGUUGCCAGGAGGACCGGGAGGCGCUGGAAUGCAGGAUGAGCGGACGUGGGCACUGCUUCUGAGGACACUUUUCUGGGCUUGACUUGACCUGACGUGUAUUCUUGCUCCAGGACAAAGGAUAGGUUUGCAUCUUCAUGGCGGUGCUAGUGACUUGCUGUGUUCUGGAAUUGUUGUUGGGUUUUGGGUGGGUUUUUUUUUUUGUCACCUUAAGAAGAGCAAGCAAACUGCAGACAGUUGGGAAUAAAACUUUUUAAAUUUAAAA